UCACCGCCGAGGGGAGCGAGGGGCGGGGAGAGGCGACGGUGCGCUCCGGUCGGCGAUGAGCUAGGAGCUUCGUGACCGACCCCUCCAAGACUGGACACACGCGCCGCGGCGUUGUCAUGGCGACGGUGUGGGCCGCCGCACUGCUUCUGCUGUUGGGUCUGGUGCCGGUGACCCUGGGUCAGGUCAACUGCCCGCCGCGCUGCCUGUGCUUCCGCACCACCGUGCGCUGCAUGUUCCUGGGCCUGAAGCAGCUGCCGCAGGUGCCUGCCUCCACCACAAUCCUGGAUCUCAGGUUCAACGAGAUCGAGCACCUGCCACCGGGCAGCUUUCUGCGCAUGCGCAACCUCAACACACUACUCCUCAACAACAACAAGAUCGGCCAGCUGAACAAGGGCACGUUCGCGGGGCUGGACGACCUGCGCUAUCUAUAUAUGUACAAAAAUAGGAUACGCCACAUUGAUAGCGAGGCUUUCCACGAUAUGCCGAAGCUAGAACAACUGUACCUGCAUUACAAUUACAUUGAGGAUGUCAGCGCGGAAACGUUCAGCAACCCUACCGUCCAUCGAGCGUUCCUGCACAACAACAAGCUGCAGCGGAUACCCUACGGCGCAUUCAGCAACCUGACCUCCCUGAAGCGACUACGGCUAGACAGCAACGCUCUGAUCUGCGACUGCCGCAUGCUGUGGCUGGCGCACAUGCUGAAGGAGCACGCGUCGCGGUCGGUAGCCAGUGCCACCUGUCAGGAGCCGGCCGAACUAAACGGCCGCAGUAUAGCCGACAUCGAGGAUCAAAU